UAGCAUUGCUUGAGCGAAAUUAUCUCCAAGCAGAUUCCAACUCGCACAAUGUCCCUGGCAUUGGAGCUCCUCCCUCUCCGCUGGUUCCCUCCGAACUCAAGCCAAUGGCUCCCAUCUCCAAGCCGUAAACCCUGCUGUCGUCGUCUUCAAACCCUUCGAGUCCUGUGCUCCAAGAGAAGGGGUAAGCAGAGGUACCCCUCGGAGAAGAAGAAGCUCAAGCUGUUGCAUAAGCCCCUGCUCGAUGUCCAGAACAAGUGCGAAGGCAUUUGGAGACUUUCCAAGCUCGGCGUCCCCGUCCAAAAGGACCCUGGAAAAGACGACUUCUCCGUCUCCGACGCUUUGCUCGAAGAAAUUGCCAAAGUUCUUGAAUUUCCGGUUGCUACAAUGCUACCAGCAGAAGCAUUUUCUGUGGUUAGGAAAUCCUUUGAUGCAAGAAAGGUUAGUUUAAAGGAGCCCAAAUUUGUAUAUACCGUUGACAUGGAUGUUAGUAAACUCUUGAAUCUAGAGCCUCGUACUUGGGACUUUAUCUCUCGCUUGGAGCCAAAAGUUGGGCUUGUGGAGCAUAUGCACCAUGAAAAAGUUUUUGGUGAUUUGAUUAGCAUAAUAAAUGAUUGUAAAGAGACUAGUGAAGUUGCAGUGUCUCACACCCCUUAUUCUGAGGGAUCAUAUCAAGAAUCGACCACUAGAAGACCAAAAGUUGCUGUUGUGGGCAGUGGACCAUCAGGCUUGUUUGCCGCUCUUGCGCUUGCGGAAUUUGGCGUAGAUGUUACGUUAAUAGAAAGAGGUCAACCAGUUGAGCAAAGGGGUCGUGAUAUAGGGGCUUUAGUAGUUCGUCGGAUGCUGCAAUUGGAAAGCAAUUUUUGCUUUGGGGAGGGUGGUGCAGGUACCUGGAGUGAUGGAAAGCUAGUUACAAGAAUAGGAAGGAACAGUGGGUGUGUUUUGGCGGUGAUGAAAACCCUAGUUCGCUUUGGAGCUCCAAAAAAUAUCUUGGCUGAUGGGAAGCCUCAUUUGGGAACAGAUAGGUUGAUUCCGUUACUCCAAAACUUCCGUCAACAUCUACAGGGGUUGGGUGUUGCUAUCAAGUUUGGUACAAGGGUAGAUGAUCUACUUGUACAGGACGGGUGCAUUCUGGGAGUCAAAGUUUCUGACUCAAGGGACAAUUUACAGUUUAAAAGCCAGACUUGGAGAUAUGACGCAGUUGUUUUGGCAGUUGGGCAUUCUGCACGUGAUGUAUACCAAAUGCUUCUUUCUCAUGAUGUGGAUUUAAUUCCAAAAGAUUUUUCUGUUGGCUUGCGGAUAGAGCAUCCUCAAGAACUAAUAAACAGCAUACAGUAUCCUGGGUUGGCUGCUGAGAUUUACAGAGGACGUGGAAAAGUACCAGUUGCGGAUUACAAACUGGCCAAGUAUAUCAGUGGAGAAGACGAGGACACUGCAUAUAAUUCAGGGGUAGCAGGUCAGAGUUGUUACUCCUUCUGCAUGUGUCCUGGCGGACAGGUUGUUCUUACCAGUACAGAUCCUUCAGAACUCUGUAUCAACGGCAUGUCAUUUUCUCGACGGUCAUCCAGGUGGGCUAAUGCGGCACUUGUCAUCACUGUCUCAUCAAAGGAUUUUGAUGCAUUGAACUGCCAUGGACCUCUUGCUGGGCUUGAAUUUCAGAGGGAGUUUGAGAGAAGAGCGGCUACAAUGGGAGGGGGAAAUUUUUUCGUGCCUGUGCAAACGGUUACAGAUUUUCUGGAAAACAAGCUGUCAGUUACAUCUUUGCCGCCAUCAAGUUAUCGCCUAGGAGUUAAGGCAGCAAAUCUCCAUGAAUUGUUUCCAGUACAUAUAACGCAGGCUUUGCAGCAUUCAAUCUCAAAGUUUAACAUAGAGUUACCAGGUUUCAUUUCCAAAGACGCUCUUCUUCAUGGAGUGGAGACUAGAACUAGUUCUCCUGUUCAGAUUCUUCGCAGUAGAGACAAUUAUGAGAGCACAUCAUUAAAAGGGCUCUUUCCAGUUGGAGAAGGAGCAGGUUAUGCCGGCGGAAUUGUUAGUGCAGCAGUUGACGGCAUGUAUGCAGGUUUUGCUGUGGCAAAACAUUUGGGCUUGUAUCAUGGUGGCAUUGAGUCAGUUUUAGGAAAGGCUCCGACUUCUGGGACUGUUAAGUACUAAAAUACUCCUGAAACUGGUGACACUCGAAUUUGAAGGAGGCCAACCUAGAUGAACUCAGAGGUUUCCAAGAGCUGAGGAAUAUAACAAUGUGGGUUUCAAAUUCUGCUUCCAUUUCUUUCAAGAACCAGUGAGUGGACAAUUUGCAGUAAUUAUACUUUUUUUCCCUUUCAAGGAGAAGCCAGAAAAUGAUUUUUCACUUUUAUAUUGAUAUUUCAUCAUUAUUCUAUUUCUGCAGUUUGACUAGAGUUGUUGUGUAGUGCACACCAUGUCCUGCUUGGAAGAGACAUUUGGAACAAAGUACAGAGUUUUGUAACGUGCACCUGAAGCUGCUACCUUUCUGGUUUGGUUAUUGUCAGUUAGGCUGGUGGAUCAAGAGUCGGCCAAAGAUUUUCCCUAUGAGUCUUGUGCUAACCCGAUGCAAUGCUCGAUCCACCUGCUCUGUAUUAUUGUUCAACCUGAGAAUGAUUUUGGCAUCAGAUCAUCCUAAUAAUCCUCAUUCAUUGUACCACUUGUAGACUGUAAUAAUAUUAAUAAUAAAGGGAAAUUCCAUGGCCACAAGGAAAUGUGAAGAUGAGCUAUAUGCAAAUUUUGACUUCUGCCGUGUAUAAUGUAAAAUUAGGAUUUCUUGGACUGCA